UUCGCCUUCUGACUCACUUCACCUUUCGGGGACACCUAUGCCUGGUGUUUGAGCUGCUCUCCUACAACCUCUACGACCUCCUGCGUAACACCAAUUUUCGGGGCCGUUCAGCCAUCAAGCUGGUGGACUUUGGCAGCUCCUGCCACGUCAACGAGAAGGUCUACCAGUACAUUCAGUCACGCUUCUACCGCUCACCCGACGUCCUCCUCGGCCUGGACUACACCAUGAGCAUCGAUAUCUGGUCUCUCGGUUGCAUCCUCGUGGAACUGCACACCGGCGAACCCCUCUUUGCCGGACAGAAUGAGCUGGCUCAAAUGCUGAAAAUCAUCGAGGUCCUGGGACCGUUGCCUCCUCACGUGCUUGAACAAAGUCGCCGUUGGCCUGUAUUUUUCGAACGCGAACCCAACGGCAGCUUCAUUCCCAAGUAUCAGGCGGCAAAGGAGAGUAAUGCCAAGGUAGGUGUUUCCAUUUUACGUUAUUCUGCUAGUCUGCUUUGCUUACAUACUGUUCAGGGUCCUUUUUAG